AGGUCCGUCUGGCUGCGGCGCGGCGCUGGCUGUGCGGCGCGGGGCCCAGCGGAGGAGCGGCGGCAGCGGCCCCGGCCCCGCGGUGCCGCCGGCUGGGCGUGGGGAGGCCGCGCGGCCGCAGCGGGAAACAGUUACUUUGGAAACUCACAGGGAUAAAUUGCGUAAAGAAAUCAAAAGAAGAUUGUUUAUCUUAGUCUAUAGUGUUGUGUAGCUGACAUCCUUAGUGUAGCCAUUGUUUCAGAAAAAAGGACAAUUCUGAAGACUGAAUUCUCUGUUCUUUUACUCCGGUACUAGAGCAAGCAAAAGGAAUUGUGGACAGCAGAAAUUCCAUUCAGUCCUUAGAGCUGGACAAGCUCAACUUACACUUAGUUUGGAAAUCCUGGUGUUUUAAAGCUUUCAGGUAAAGUUUAUUGAAGGCAACAAUGGAACGAUUUGGAGUGAAGUCUGCUCCAUCACGCAACCGCUCGAAGACUGCUUUGUAUGUAACUCCUCAGGAUCGCGUAACGGAGUUUGGCAGCGAGCUGCACGAAGACGGAGGAAAACUCUUCUGUACCUCCUGCAACGUGGUUCUGAAUCACGUUCGCAAGUCUGCGAUCAAUGACCACCUCAAGUCUAAAACACACACAAAGCGAAAGGCAGAGUUUGAAGAACAGAACGUCAGGAAGAAGCAAAGGACUCUGACUGCCUCCCUGCAGUGCAACAGCACUGCCCAGACCGAGAAAACCAGCGUCAUCCAGGACUUUGUGAAAAUGUGCCUGGAAGCCAAUAUUCCACUUGAGAAGGCCGAUCAUCCAUCUGUGCGAGCCUUCCUGUCCCGCUAUGUCAAGAAUGGCAGCUCAAUACCUAAGUCAGACCAGCUAAGGAAAGCAUACCUGCCUGAUGGGUAUGACAAUGAGAACCAACUCAUCAACACUGAAGACCGUUGAGAAGAAAACUGUUUUCAUUAUUGUUGUGAAGUUUUACAUAUUGAUGGUGUGGUUUAUUUUUAUAUUCAUGCAUAUAUACAGUGUUACAUAUUGGUUUUACAAGCUAUUUUGUAUUAUUGUAGAAACGACAAUCUAUUUGUGAACUUAAUGGUAUGCCACAGACUGUUGCUAACCCUGCUGUGGACUUCAGAGCUACACUGAUGUAGAACUCAUGAUGAAUGUAGGGAAUAUACCUGGCAUACACCUUAUCUGUGCUCAGUCCAGCUGUAACUGAUGCUAAGAAAAAGGCACUUGGAUGGAGGACCUCACCUAAACUGUGCAUCUAAACGUAUGAAGAAGACGAUGCGAUAGGGAUUGUAAUCACAUCAGUGGAUUGUUUUGUCCAGUAUCCUGCCCAUGAGUGACCAAGAAGAAGUGCUGCACAUUUGAAAUGCAAGAAGCUGUAGAGUGGUUAGUUAAAGUAUAACUACUCUGCUGGAGGAGGAUUAUUGCAAAUUCAUACUCAAGUUUGGUUUACAUUCUACAACAAGAAUCAUUUUUCUUGGAGUAUAUUCUCUUAUUCUAUUUGGUGCUACUGUGGAUGUAUUCAUUAUCUAGCUUGAGUAGCCAGUGUCUUGUAUUUAAUUCCGCUAUUCUCAAAAAGCUCUGCAGGUUUAUCGUGCUCAUUUUUUUUUUUAAAUCACCAUUUCGUUGUCUUGGUUUAGCAUGUCCCCUUCAGUUUCAGUGCCAAUCUUUGAAAGCUGAGUAGACAAACUGGUAACUGAGUGUGGUUUGAAGUGCAGCUGCUGGCAAGUGAAACUUAUACUGGACCAAGAACUUAGUAGAGAGGAUCAAUGCCUUUUUCAUAUUAGCAGGACGAAGUAUACUAAAUCUAAAUUGGGGAUGUGGGAGGCACUAAAUUGCAGAGUUGAGAAAGCUUUUUUUACAGUGCACAGGAGAAGAGGCUCCUCCAUCUUUCCUUGAAGGUUCUCUACAUCUCUGGCCUUAGUCAAAGGGAGUAAAGUGAUUAAAAUAGUUCUCAAAAUAGUUACUGCACAGGCUAUCCAGUACCUGUAAGCGCAAACAGGAAAGCGUGUAUACUUUGAAGUUAUACUGGAAUUACAGACCUGGACUGUGUUUCUUUGCCAAGGCCACAUCUAUUGGAAUGGGAAAAAAUAAAAUGGGAAAUUGAAGAAUUUCAAUAAUGUCACCCUCUCCAAAAUCUAGUAAACUAUUACUGAGCUAUUCUGUAUUAUUAUGCCAAAUAGUCCACUGGAUGUAAGUGCUCUAUAAGGUUUUUGAAUGCAAUGAGGGAGCGUUGUGCAAAGUGCUGGAAUACAACCAAAUUCUGCCUGCUCUAGGUUUCCUUGAGAUGCUCUGGGCUCAGGGAGACACCAAGCAUCUUCUCACAGCACAGAAAUCCUCCACUCAGUGGGUACAAUGGUCUAAGGGUGCUUUAACUCCCUCAGGUGGAGACAGUUCUUUUCAGCUUCUUUUCCCCAGCAGAGUUUCACAGUAUCUGUUUCUCAAUAUUUCUUUUAUUCCAGAUACUUGCAGCAAUACUAAGUAAUUGCUAAAAAGAGACAAAAUAACCUGCCUCUUUUGUUUCCUAUAUUUUUCUAGAGCAGUCUCUUUCGCUGGAUUGAGAGAGACUUACAUACUUAGUAACAACUUGCGUUUUUUGUGCAAUUAGCUUCUGCAAAAAGGCACUUGUGUUACAUUAUAAGCAUGUCUUGUAGCCUUCUGCUAUGAGACCUGUUGGAGUAAAUGGACAAAGCUGAAAAGCAGGAGGCUGCCGGUCCAUGUGUACUCAAUACACUGCUGCACCUUUGGUCCCUGUUGAAGCUAGCGGGAAAUCCUGUCAAUGAUGCCGGUUGCUAGUUUAGAACUUCAGACAGAAAUAACGGUAGUAAGAUUUUUCUCUAAUCCUAGAUAUCAAAAUAUGCCUUCCAACAUACUGUUUGCUGUUGCACAAGCUUGAGUUUAGCUUAAGAUCAUGAACUGCCUUGGGCUAGAACUGUUUUAUAAAUCUUCUUAAGCCAAGUGAAAGGUACACUGCCAAUAGCCUUUUCUGUCCUGACAGUGAUUGAAAGUGGUUUUUUACAGCUGUCGUUUUGUUACAGUGAAACAACAUCCUUGCUCUGUUUUGUUUUUUUUUUUUUUUUUUAAACUUAUGUAUACUAUCUUAGAAUUGAAGCAAAGAGAAAACAAUGGAGUAUUGUGAAAACAGGCUUCCGUUAAUCAAAAGCAUCUAGAGAAAAUUGUAUGAUUAAAAGGUAUGAAUUUGGGCUGUUAGCUCAGUUCUUGCUGACAUGGGGUUUUACGGGCUGAACCCCAUAACCAUUUUAUAUAGGAUUCAAUGCUGUAUGUUUUUCCCUUGACUGGCAAACUGACAGACAUUUUGCAGAGCUUAAUGGUAAAUAGGCUCUUGCACAACUGAAAAAAAAAAAAGAAACCAACCAACCAAGUUACUUCUGCUUAUAUGGUUUAACAUAAAAAUAAAAGUUAGCAACAUAAACAGUUUUUGUUAAAAAAAGAAAAUCAGUCAUUUUCAAUAUGGCAAAGCUACAUCAGAACACUCAGUUUCUCAAAAGCUUACUCUACUUAUAAAGCAAGCUGUGUACAGAGCCUCAAUUUACAGAAUCAAUGCAAUUCUGUAAGUAUUUUCAGUAAUUAUUCUAGUAUCAAUUUAUCUUUUAUGCUGAAUUACUGCAGAGGGUCUGAGCCUGGUGAGGAACCUUAUCAGUGUAGCCAUAGGCUACCAACUCAUAAUAAUUUGGAAGCAAGAAUUGGUCAUCAGGAUUUUGAACAGAACCGACUUAAUUCCAAUGCACAGCAAUUUGUAGGACACUGGUGUCUAAAUAAUAGGAUAUUUUUGUAAAAAAAUCAAAGUGACAACAUUUUUCAAGCUUUCUGAAAAUCAAGAUACUGAUCAAUUGCAAACAUUCAUAAUGGAGAGAAAUAAUGGAAAACUAAGCACUUCCAGGUAAUCUAGAAAGAAUAAUGAAUAAGUAAGUUUAUAUUCAUGGACAUAGCCAAGAUCAUCAACAAAACAGUUACACUUUCUUUAAAAGUAAAAGUGGUUUUCACUCAAUCCUGGAACAAUCCUUUCAACAACUCAAGUUCAGAGCAUAAUUUUGCCACUGUGCCUAUAAUUGGAUAAAGCAUAACCUCAGUUUAAUUGCUUUUGAUCUUAGGGAAGAUUUACAGCAGAAGAUUCCUGGUGUAUCUAAACCUAAGUAAUAACUAAUUCCUAGAACAGAGGCUGAUUUUAAGUUUUUUUAACAGUCUCUAUGUGGUUUUCCUUUUUUUGUGCAAGAACACUGCAUUAUUUUUCCAUGUAUUUCCUGUAAAGAGUCUUCUCAGAAGUAGGGAGGGUGGUAGCAAUGUCUGCUUUUCAUUUUACUUACAUAUGUAGGGACAAGCUAUAAGUGAUACUUUUUUGCCAGGUGGUUUUAUUAAUACAGAUGAAGUUAUAAACGUAAUAUUUAAAAAAAAAAAAAAAAGCAUUUCCUUCUCUAUGUACUCAUAUUAGUUUAGCCAACUCACAGCUAAAAUUUCUCCAAAGUGCUUUUCUUGGAACAACAGUUCCAAAGAGUAAAAUACAAACAGGAACAUUUUCUGUUUUGUGACUACUUACAUGUACGCACCAUGUUAGUUUCAGCUUGCAUGUUCUUCAAAAAACAUGAGCAAGUUCUAACAUUUUUAAGCAUUUUGAAGCAUGUAAUUUGGCAGGUCCCUAGAGGAGGUGAAACAUUCACCAUAAUGAAAAGGAAAGCUGUUUUUCAAUUGAGAGAGAAACUUGGUUCCGCAAAGUAUGGGAUAUUCUCAUGAUAAAAGGACUAUUUUUAGCCAGAGCCCCUUUUAGCAAUUCUGUUGAGCUGAACAGUGAAAUACUCCCUGCUACGUUUUGCAGCAAAAUGAGAUGCUUUUCAAAGGGAAAAAAAGAAAAAAAUAUAUAAGAGCUGGAAGUUUGUCAAGGAUAAUCUCUAUUUAUAUUUACCUAUAAAGAGAGGCAAGACUCACAGUUGUUGUGUUCACAUUUUACUCACUCUUAACUCUGUGUAAUUUGAGUGCUUGUUGUCUUUGUACAAUUUUAAGAUUGUGUCUAACUUUCAAAAUAAAUUUUUUUUAACAAAG